UUUAAUGUCAUAAAUAAAUUAAAAGUAUUUCAAAAAUUUUCCAAGUUAGAUUAUGCGGUGUAUUAAAAACCAUUUUCAACAUUCCUUUCACCUUCCUGGCCGAUAAAAACUUACUUGCACUACUAGCGUUCGUGAAGGCUGAACAUAAAGCAUUAUAAUGACUACUACUAGAACAUUGAUAACCGGAAUCAGUGGAUUUUUGUUCAUUUGUUGUGUUUUCAUCCAAAGCCAAAGUGCACAACAAUGUGGUAAAAUAAUGACUCGCCCGAAUUCCGCCAAACUUCAGGCCAAAAUCAUCGGUGGCUAUGAAGUGGGCUACUUCAAAUAUCCCUGGUUCGCAGCCCUGCAAAUUGAUGACGAUACGUUUUGUGGUGGUGCACUAAUAGGACCCAGUAUUGUACUCACAGCAGCGCAUUGCUAUAAUGAUGCUAGAGGAAGGAAUUUAGAAAAUUAUUACCAAGUGAAAUUAGGCAUCUAUCGCCAAUGCAGAAAGGAACCCACACAGAAAAACUAUAAAGUCUCCAAGGUGUGGAUUCAUGAGAAAUAUAAGGAUAACGAUCCAUAUUAUGACAUUGCCUUAUUAAGAUUAGCUGGCGAUACAACGCCAUAUAUGCCAAUAUGUCUUCCACCAAAGAUAUUAAGUGAUAUUGAACAAGAAUUAGAGGGAUGGAUUGUUGGUUUUGGCACAACAGUCGAAGGUAACGAAAACUCGUAUCCAUGCGAAAUGCACGAAGGCCGUAUUUUAUUGUAUAACAAUGCGACUUGCCGGGCAAUGGUAAAAAGACAAACGACGGAUAUUAAAUAUGUUCGGUUCAUCAAAGCACUUUGCGCUGGAUAUCAAUCAGGAGGGGUAGACACAUGCCAAGGCGAUAGUGGUGGUCCUCUAAUGACGUUUAAUUCAUUAAGAAAUACGUGGCAAACAGUGGGCGUCACUGCGUUUGGCUGGGGAUGUGGUGAGAAAAACCAAAUGGGCGUUUAUACAGACGUUUCGCGAUUUCUCGACUGGAUUGAGCUGAAAUCAGGCAUCACACCUUCGGAUUAUCAAAAUUCUAGUGAUAACAAAGACGAACCUCCGCAAAACAAUCAAAAUCAAAACCCCAGCACCUCAAAUGACAUUGCAAAUACAUUCAUUAGUGUUUUCGACCACGUCAUGAAUAGUCCACAUCGUCCGGUUGAGAUUACGAUUCGAUUCAAAAAUAAACCGCAUGCGGAUAAUAAAAGUCGAGGCGAAAUUACAAAACCGAAACAUAAGCGAAAAGUGAAAACAAAAAAACAUUAAAGUUUAUUGAACAAAAAAUAUACGAUAAAUAUAA